AUGGAAGCCAGGCGAGAUCUGCUGCAGAACAUACAAAAUCCUCCACAAGUCAGCACACCAGUGCUAGUGUGCUCCAAACUUUUAAUGUGUGUGCUACCCAUUGCUCAGAUUGCCAUAGGUGUGGUGUACCUGAAAGACUGCCCACGGCAGCACUACAUCCCCAUCUACCUGCUGGUUUUGGGGGUGUUCGGUCUGGCCCUAGGGGUGCUGUCGUGCCUGCCCUGCAGCCGGGAGCGAGAGGACGGGGGGCAGAGCACCCUCGGCACCCUGUGCCACGUGUGGAACUCGCUGGUCUCCGCCUUUCUCUUCUGCUGGUUCAUCGCCGGAAACGUAUGGAUCUACUCCAUCUAUCCCCCUAGCUACAAUCAGACCCAGCCUAAUCCAGAGUACUGUAACAAGACCCUGUACCUGUUUGCCUUCUGGAUCACCACAUUGGUUUACCUGUUUUUCGCUCUGUGCUGCUGUGCACUCAUUUGCAUGUGCCUGUGCAACAAGACAGGGUGGAACAGAGACUACAGCAGAGACGCCUGA